AUGCGGUGGCGGGCGGCGGCGGCGGCGGCGGCGCUGCUGGGCCCGCUGCUGGCGCUGGCGCUGGGCCCGCGCGCGGCGGCGGCGCAGUCGGUGUGGACGGCGUGGCUGAACGUGUCCUGGCGGCUGCCCGGCAGCAACCAGACGGCGUGGACGGCGGGCGAGAGCGGCCUCUUCGGGCAGGACUCGCCGGUGCGCCCGGCGGCCGGGCUGGUGGUGCCGCCGGACGGGCGCGAGGGGCUCAACGCCUGCAGCCCGCGCACCAACUUCUCCGCCGCGCCGCGCGACGCGCCCUGGAUCGCGCUGGUGCAGCGCGGCGGCGGCUGCAUGUUCACCGUCAAGAUCAACGCGGCCGCCCGCUGGCGCGCCGACGCCGUGGUGGUCUUCAACUCGGACGGGGGCGCCGGGCCCGAAGUGCAGACCAUGACCCACCCGGGUACAGGCAACACUGUGGCCAUCAUGAUUAGCUAUUCGAAAGGCAGAGAAAUCCUUCAGAAGAUUGAAAAGGGCUACCAAGUGACAAUGGCUAUUGAAAUAGGGAAAAAGCACGGAUCGUGGAUGAAUAAUUAUUCCAUUUUCUUCGUUUCGGUGUCCUUCUUCAUUGUCACAGCCGCCACAGUUGGGUACUUCAUAUUUUAUUCUGCUAGAAGGCUUAGACUUGCAAGGGCCCAGAACAGGAGACAGAGACGGCUGAAAGCAGAUGCCAGAAAAGCCAUUGGGCGGCUUCAGUUACGUACAUUAAAGCAGGGAGACCAGGAAACUGGCCCUGAUGCAGAUAACUGUGCUGUGUGCAUUGAAGUCUACAAACCAAACGAUGUUGUGCGAAUUUUAACCUGCAAUCAUCUGUUUCACAAGAGCUGCAUUGAUCCCUGGCUGUUGGAGCAUAGGACCUGUCCCAUGUGUAAAUGUGACAUACUCAAGGCUUUGGGAAUUGAGGUGGAUGUAGAAGACAGAGUUGAACCUUUUCAAGCAGCUGCUGUGUCUAGUGAAGCCUCUAAUAUCCCUUCAGUUAAUGAAGAAGAUAAUCACAGUGAGACCGCAUCAUCUGGGUACGCCUCCGUACAGGGAGCUGAUGAACCAGCUCCGGAGGAGCGUGUUACUUCAGAGAGUGACCAUCUCCGUCUUGUGAACACUUCCCAGAUUCCACCACACGUAGAUGCGCUUCCCCAUCUUGACAAUCCAGGCUUCGAAGGGGAUGAAGUUCAAGGGCAUGAAGCGAAGUCCUAGAUGAUGUUGAUGCAAGACUGCAGUUCGCUUGAGACACCAGCAUCAAAGAAUGACAAAACUGAUAAGACUGAUGUAGCAGCAAUGUUGCCUUGAUAUUGAGAUAAAAUACACAAUUUAAGAUUGCAAUUAUACGGAGUGACCUGCCCAUUCACUUAUUUCUUUACUGAAUUAGUUUUAAUACUUUUCAGUACAGACCUUUCUUCUGGUGCGACCAAGGAAGAGAGCAGCAUCAGCAUCCCACCAAAUCAUCUGAGCAUAAUCACUUUUUCCUGCAGUAGAGCUUUGGCUGUUUGUCCCACAAAAGCAUAAACCCAUAAAAAAAAAAUCUACUGGACAUUAAAUUAACUUUAAAUUAAUAGUUACCUUUUUUUUUUUUUUUAAGCUUUUGGUUUAUGAAACCACUGGGUGUAUGUUCCUUUUCAGCACUGGUUUGAGUUAGUUUUGCAUUUAUGUAACUUGUUGAGGGCCUUCUAUUCUUGAUCUUCGAGAAUAGCCUCUUGCUGCAUUAAACUGCCAAGCAAUUCCACUGUCAGUCCCGACUGUAAAAGGAUUUUUUUACAUUGAGGAUUAUCUACACCCACUUCACUGAUUAGAGCAAAUUAACACCACGAAACCAAAUGGACAUUUCAAAAAUGUUCACGGGAACAGAAUACAAGAGUAAGUAACUAUUCUGUACUGAAAAAAGAGCUGCAUAAAAUUUGCCUUGUGUUUUCUUUUCAGUUUUAACAUGCUGCCGCAGGGUCCAGUUAACAGUCCAGGUUUUAGUUAGUGCUGCUCUUAACUUUGUCGUAGGCUGAAUAUGCCUCAUUUAAAGGGAUUUUUUGUUGCUGCUACUCCAAAGAAACAGCUAAGUAAAGUUACCCAAAGAAUACUGUAAAUACUCAGAGUAGGCAAUGCAUGGACAUGGCUAAACUGGAAAUCAAUGAAUGGGUGAACUUCUGAAAUUAUUUUUCUAAUGUGUGAGAUGGUAAUAAGGGGAACACAGGGUGCCUUCCCAUGGAGCCCAAAACCUCAUCCACCAAAGUGAAUUACUUUAAUAAUGCACUUUAUUUUGCAUCUGUAUUUCCGUUUCUGAUUGCAGGUCUGGCAUAAAUGGACUGGAGAACAGUGAUGAUAUGUUUUUAACUUCUCAUGUGAUUCUGAUAGGAAAAAUCAGUCCACCUUUCUCCCUUUUUGCAAUAAAGUUGUAAAUAUUUGAUUUCUAUUGAAUUCCUUUGAAUACAAAAUGUAAAUAAAGCCAUUCUACUGCCUA